AUGUCUAAUUCCAACGAAGAAGCCAUGUUAGUUCAACUUCCUCCACCUUUCGAUCCGACUAAACCAUCGACACCAAUCUCAUUCCCAAUCAAAACCCUUCAAGACUUGGAGUCUCGCUCUUACUUCGAUUCAUUUCAUUUCUCCUUUAACCGUUCCUCUGUCUCUCUCCGGCGAAACAACAACGGUGGAUUGCCGGAAAGAUCGAGGCUUUUGGUUUGCCAUGACAUGAAAGGAGGCUACGUAGAUGACAAAUGGGUACAAGGAUGUGGAAACAACAAAGGUUUCGCGAUCUGGAAUUGGUACUUGAUGGAUGUUUUUGUCUACUUCUCUCACUCUUUAGUCACUCUUCCUCCUCCUUGUUGGACCAACUCUGCUCAUAGACAUGGCGUCAAGGUAUUAGGGACUUUUAUUACUGAAUGGGACGAAGGGAAAGCUAUAUGCAAAGAGUUAUUGGCUACGAAAGAGUCUGCGAAGAUGUACGCAGAGCGUUUAGCAGAACUUGCUGCUGCUCUAGGCUUUGAUGGGUGGUUGAUAAACAUAGAGAAUGUUAUAGAUGAAGUUCAAAUUCCGAAUUUGAAGGAUUUUGUAAGCCAUUUAACAGAAGCAAUUCAUUCAUCUGUACCUGGAGGUUUAGUUAUAUGGUAUGAUAGUGUUACUGUUAAGGGUCUUCUUGCUUGGCAAGAUCAGUUGAAUGAAAUGAACAAACCUUUCUUUGAUUUAUGCGAUGGAAUCUUCAUGAACUAUACAUGGAAGGAGAACUAUCCGAAAGCAUCAGCUGAAAUCGCCGGUGAUAGAAAAUAUGAUGUCUACAUGGGAAUAGAUGUGUUUGGUCGAGGCUCUUUCGGUGGUGGUCAAUGGACUGCAAAUGUUGCCCUUGAUUUGCUGAAGAAGAACGAUGUGUCAGCUGCUAUAUUUGCUCCUGGAUGGGUAUACGAGACCCAGCAGCCACCCGAUUAUCAUACGGCGCAAAAUAAAUGGUGGUCACUUGUUGAGAAGUCAUGGGGAAUUGUUCAGAAAUAUCCACAAGUCCUACCUUUCUACUCAGAUUUCAAUCAGGGCCUUGGUUCUCAUAUUUCUCUCGGAGGUCGGAAAUUGUUAGACGCUCCUUGGUACAACAUUUCAUGCCAAAGUCUGCAGCCACUCUUAGAAUUCAAUGAGGGAAACAACUCAGAGCUUAUGCAUGUCACUGUUGAUGGUCGAGAAGCAUCUUAUAACGGAGGAGGGAACGUUAGUUUCAAAGGAAAACUAAAGAGAGAUGCACAUUUUGAAGCAAGACUCUUCAAACCUCAGCUUCAGCUCUCUGCUUCCCCCAUCUCAAUCUCCUACUCUGUGAAACUAGAAGGAAGAUCUGAGUUAGGCAUUUUGCUCCGUUUUACAUCACCUUCACAGGAGACAAAGUCCUUACUUAUGGCACCAAAUGAGUCCGUUCACAGAUUCCGCGACACGUUCCUGCCAUGUCUUCUCACAACAACACAGACCACAUCGGAUUGGACAGUGCACGAAACAAGCCUUGUUCUAGAUGGACACACACUAACUGAGAUCUCUGCCUUAUGCUAUAAACCAAAGGACCUCACAGAAGAAACAAACACUCUAGAAUAUUCUGCAUUGCUCGGGCAUAUCUCCAUAAAAAGCGAGCAAAAAACCAACCUUUUUCCUUCCGCAUCAUCGUGGAUAAUCGAGGCUCAUAACAUAGAGCUUGUACAGGGUGACUCUGGCUCCAGGACCUUAAGUUGUAAGCUAGAAUGGAGAUUGAAGCAGCAUCCUGAAGAUUCUGUGUUUACAAGGUACAAUGUGUAUGCAGAGAAUCUGAAUUCGAGCGAUUACAGGCCGAGGAAGGUUAUGCAAGAACCGAGAAGCAAGAAAGUGUUUCUUGGAACGGCUCAUGUUGAUGCUUACUACGUUUCUGGUCUAGUCGUUGGAUCAGAUGUGAAGGAAGUCCGGUUCGUGGUUCAAACCUUUAGUGAAGAUGGUUCAUGGCAAGAGCUUGAUGCUUCUCCUAAUGUUUUGGUUGAAGUAGAACGUUUUGGUUCAAAGCUUUGUUGUUGUGGUUUGAUUUGA